AUGUUCAAUCAAUAUGCCUCAUAUGAUUGUGAUGGGGCAGCACUAACCAAGAAAAACCUGAAGAACCUCCUUGAAAGGGAAUUUGGAGAUGUCCUUCAGAGACCACAUGAUCCUGAGACAGUAGAUCUGAUCCUGGAACUUCUGGAUCGCGACUGUAAUGGGCUUGUCGAUUUCAAUGAAUUCCUCCUGUUCGUUUUCAAGGUGGCUCAAGCUUGUUAUUACGCUCUCAGCCAGGCUUCCGGGCUAGAUGAGAAGGGGGCCAAAUGUGAGGGAAAGGAGAACCCAUUACAAGAUGCCAGGCAAGAAGACCAAAGGAGAUUUGAGCCCCAGGACAGACAAUUGGAAGAACGCAAGCAGAAGAGGCAAGAACUGGAGAGGGAGCUCGCUGAGGAAGAGAAGCAGCGGCCGCAGAGGCGAGAACGGGAAGAGCGCCUUGAGGAGGAAGAGUAUCUGCAGAGGCGCAAAGGUCGGGAGCCAGAGAAAUUUCCUGACCAACAGCGAAGGCGAGAGAGGCGGGAGCAGCACCAGCUCCAGGAGGAAGAGCAGCUGCAAAGGCUAGAGCGCCAAGAGCAACGAGAGCAGGAGCUCCGGCAAGAGGAGCAAUUGCAAAGGCAGAGGCGCGAGGAGCCGCGCUUGCAGCAGGAGCUGAGACGCCAGCAGGAGCAGAGACGCGAGCAGCAGCUGAGGCGCGAGGAGCAGCGCUUGGAGCAAGAGCUGAGGCGCGAGCAGGAAGAGAGACUCGAGCAGCAGCUGAGGCGCGAGCAGGAGGAGAGACGCGAGCAGCAGCUGAGGGGAGAGGAGCCGCGCUUGGAAGAGGAGAGGCGGAAAGAGCAGCUGAGGCGCAAGGAGCAGCGCUUGGAGCAAGAGCUGAGGCGCGAGCAGGAGCAGAGACGCGAGCAACAGCUGAGGGGAGAGGAGCCGCGCUUGGAACAGGAGAGGCGGAAAGAGCAGCUGAGGCGCAAGGAGCAGCGCUUGGAGCAAGAGCUGAGGCGCGAGCAGGAGGAGAGACGCGAGCAGCUGAGGGGCGAGGAGCCGCGCUUGGAACAGGAGAGACGGAAAGAGCAGCUGAGGCGCGAGGAGCAGCGCUUGGAGCAAGAGCUGAGGCGCGAGCAGGAAGAGAGACUCGAGCAGCAGCUGAGGCGCGAGCAGCUGAGGGGCGAGGAGCCGCGCUUGGAACAGGAGAGACAGAAAGAGCAGCUGAGACGCGAGCAGGAGCAGAGACUCGAGCAGCAGCUGAGGCGCGAGCAGGAGAGACGCGAGCAGCUGAGGCGCGAGGAGCAGCGCUUGGAGCAAGAGCUGAGGGGCGAGCAGGAAGAGAGACGCGAGCAGCAGCUGAGGCGCGAGGAAGAGCAGAGACGCGAGGAGCAGCUGAGGGGCGAGGAGCAGCGCUUGGAACAGGAGAGGCGGAAAGAGCAGCCGAGGCGCGAGGAGCAGCGCUUGGAGCAAGAGCUGAGACGCGAGCAGGAGCAGAGACGCGAGCAGCAGCGCUUGGAGCAAGAGCUGAGGCGCGAGCAGGAAGAGAGACUCGAGCAGCGGCUGAGGCGCGAGCAGGAGGAGAGACGCGAGCAGCUGAGGGGCGAGGAGCCGCGCUUGGAACAGGAGAGGCGGAAAGAGCAGCUGAGGCGCGAGGAGCAGCGCUUGGAGCAAGAGCUGAGGCGCGAGCAGGAAGAGAGACUCGAGCAGCAGCUGAGGCGCGAGCAGGAGCAGACACGCGAGCAGCAGCUGAGGCGCGAGGAGCAGCGCUUGGAGCAAGAGCUGAGGCGCGAGCAAGAAGAGAGACUCGAGCAGCAGCUGAGGCGCGAGCAGGAGAGACGCGAGCAGCCGAGGGGCGAGGAGCCGCGCUUGGAACAGGAGAGACGGAAAGAGCAGCUGAGGCGCGAGGAGCAGCGCUUGGAGCAAGAGCUGAGGCGCGAUCAGGAAGAGAGACUCGAGCAGCAGCUGAGGCGCGAGCAGGAGGAGAGACGCGAGCAGCUGAGGGGGGAGGAGCCCCGCUUGGAACAGGAGAGGCGGAAAGAGCAGCUGAGGCGCGAGGAGCAGCGCUUGGAGCAAGAGCUGAGACGCGAGCAGGAGCAGAGACGCGAGGAGCAGGGCUUGGAGCAAGAGCUGAGACGCGAGCAGGAGCAGAGACGCGAGCAGCUGAGGGGCGAGGAGCCGCGCUUGGAACAGGAGAGGCGGAAAGAGCAGCUGAGGCGCGAGGAGCAGCGCUUGGAGCAAGAGCUGAGGCGCGAGCAGGAGGAGAGACUCGAGCAGCCGCUGAGGCGCGAGCAGGAGCAGACACGCGAGCAGCAGCUGAGGCGCGAGGAGCAGCGCUUGGAGCAAGAGCUGAGGAGCGAGCAGGAAGAGAGACGCGAGCAGCAGCUGAGGCGCGAGCAGGAGAGAAGCGAGCAGCUGAGGGGCGAGGAGCCGCGCUUGGAACAGGAGAGACGGAAAGAGCAGCUGAGGCGCGAGGAGCAGCGCUUGGAGCAAGAGCUGAGACGCGAGCAGGAAGAGAGACGCGAAGAGCGGCUGAGGCGCGAGCAGGAGGAGAGACGCGAGCAGCUGAGGGGGGAGGAGCCCCGCUUGGAACAGGAGAGACGGAAAGAGCAGCUCAGGCGCGAGGAGCAGCUGGCUGAGGAGGAGGUGGAACAGGAAGAGGCCGGUGAUCGGCGCAAGAGCCGCACCCCAAGGUGGCAGUGGCAGCUCGAAAAUGAAGCAGAAGCUCGUCAGAGCAAAGUCUACUCCAGGCCCCGCAGGCAGGAGCUGAGGCACUGCCAGGAGCAGGAGGUGGAGAAGAGGCGGCGCCAGGAGCGCGAGCGGCAACUCCUGGAGCAGGAGGAGGACCUCCAAUGGCAGCGCGGGUUCCGGCCCCUCCGGGAGGAGCGUGAACGACGGCUGCAUCGGGAAGAGCAGGCACGCUUGCAGAGGGAGGAGGAAGAGCGGCACCGCGACUUUAAAUGGCAGUGGCAGGCGGAGGAAGAGAGCGAGAGGCGCCGCCAUAGGCUGUCGGCCAGGCCCGCGUUGCAGGAGCUGCGGGAGAGACAGCUAAGAACCGAGGAGCGGCAGGAGCGGGAACUGUUCCGUGAGGAGGAGCUGCAGCGCCGCCAGCAACUCGAGAGGGGACAGGAGCAGCAGGUCCGUGAAGAAAAGCAGCUCCAGUUGGAGGAGAGCUUCCAAGAGGAUCGGGAGAGGAAGCUACGCCAGGAAGAGAAGCGCCGCGAACAAAAAUGGAGGUGGCAACCAGAGGAGGAAAGCCAGAGACGCCGCCACUCUCGUUCAGCCAAGCCAGCUGAACGAGAGCAGCUGAGGGAAAGAGAGCAGCUGAGGGAAAAAGAGCAGCUGCAGAGAGAGGAACGCGAGAAGAGGCGGCGCCAGGAGCCGGAGAGACAGUAUCGCGAGGAAGAGCAGCUGCAGCGGGAGGAUGAGCAGCUACAGAGGGAGAGGAGGCUCGAGCAGCGCGACAGGCAGUAUCUGGAGGAGGAAGAGCUGCAGCGCCUGGACAGGAAGCGGCAAUUCCACGAUGAGGAUCAGCGCCGUGAUCUGAAAUGGCAGUGGCAACCAGAAAAAGAAAAUGAAGUUCGUAAUCACAGGGUAUACUCCAAACGCAGAGAGAAUGAAGAAAAGAUCCGGCAAUUGGAAGAUUCCCAGGUUCAAGAGAGACCAUUCCAGCAGGAUCGGUGGCCCCUACAGGAUGAACAGAAAGAGGAGAGAGCGCGAGAAAAAGAAAGGACCUGGCAGCAGCGCGACAGGCAAUUCCCAGCUGAAGAACUGCUGAAGCGAGAGGAGCAAAAGGAAGCCAACAGGCGGGACAGGAAGUUCCGCGAGGAAGAACAGCUCCUGCAGGAAAGGGAGGAACAGCUGCGCCGCCAGAAGCGCGACAGGAAAUUCCGCGAAGAAGAACAGCGCCUGCAGGAAAGGGAAGAACAGCUGCGCCGCCAGGAGCGCGACAGAGAGUUCCGAGAGGAAGAACAGCUCCUGCAGGAAAGGGAAGAACAGCUGCGCCGCCUGGAGCGCGACAGGAAAUUCCGCGAAGAAGAAGAGCGCCUGCAGGAAAGGGAAGAACAGCUGCGCCGCCAGGAGCGCGACAGAAAGUUCCGAGACGAAGAACAGCUCCUGCAGGAAAGGGAAGAACAGCUGCGCCGCAGAGAACGUGAGCAACAGCUUCGCCAGGAGCGCGACAGGAAGUCCCGCGAGGAGGAGCAGCUCCUGCAGGAAAGGGAAGAACAGCUGCGCCGCCAGGAGCGCGACAGAAAGUUCCACGAGGAGGAGCAGCCCCUGCAGGAAAGGGAGGAACAGCUGCGCCGCCAGGAGCGCGACAGAAAGUUCCGCGAGGAGGAGCAGCUCCUGCAGGAAAGGGAAGAACAGCUGCGCCGCCCGGAGCGCGACAGAAAGUUCCGCGAGGAGGAGCAGCUCCUGCAGGAAAGGGAAGAACAGCUGCGCCGUAGGGAACGUGAGCAACAGCUUCGCCAGGAGCGCGACAGGAAGUUCCGCGAGGAGGAGCAGCUCCUGCAGGAAAGGGAGGAACAGCUGCGCCGCCCGGAGCGCGACAGAAAGUUCCGAGAGGAAGAACAGCUCCUGCAGGAAAGGGAGGAACAGCUGCGCCGCAGGGAACGUGAGCAACAGCUUCGCCAGGAGCGCGACAGGAAGUUCCGCGAGGAGGAGCAGCUCCUGCAGGAAAGGGAGGAACAGCUGAGCCGCCAGGAGCGCGACAGAAAGUUCCACGAGGAGGAGCAGUUCCUGCAGGAAAGGGAGGAACAGCUGCGCCGCCAGGAGCGCGACAGACAGUUCCGCGAGGAGCAGCAGCUCCUGCAGGAAAGGGAAGAACAGCUGCGCCGCCCGGAGCGCGACAGAAAGUUCCGAGAGGAAGAACAACUCCUGCAAGAAAGGGAGGAACAGCUGCGCCGCAGGGAACGUGAGCAACAGCUUCGCCAGGAGCGCGACAGGAAGUUCCGCGAGGAGGAGCAGCUCCUGCAGGAAAGGGAGGAACAGCUGCGCCGCCAGGAGCGCGACAGACAGUUCCGCGAGGAGGAGCAGUUCCUGCAGGAAAGGGAGGAACAGCUGCGCCGCCAGGAGCGCGACAGACAGUUCCGCGAGGAGGAGCAGCUCCUGCAGGAAAGGGAAGAACAGCUGCGCCGCCUGGAGCGCGACAGAAAGUUCCGCGAGGAGGAGCAGCUCCUGCAGGAAAGGGAAGAACAGCUGCGCCGCCAGGAGCGCGACAGAAAGUUCCGCGAGGAGGAGCAGCUCCUGCAGGAAAGGGAAGAACAGCUGCGCCGCCCGGAGCGCGACAGACAGUUCCGCGAGGAGGAGCAGCUCCUGCAGGAAAGGGAGGAACAGCUGAGCCGUAGGGAACGUGAGCAACAGCUUCGCCAGGAGCGCGACAGGAAGUUCCGCGAGGAGGAGCAGCUCCUGCAGGAAAGGGAAGAACAGCUGCGCCGCCCGGAGCGCGACAGAAAGUUCCGAGAGGAAGAACAGCUCCUGCAGGAAAGGGAGGAACAGCUGCGCCGCAGGGAACGUGAGCAACAGCUUCGCCAGGAGCGCGACAGGAAGUUCCGCGAGGAGGAGCAGCUCCUGCAGGAAAGGGAGGAACAGCUGAGCCGCCAGGAGCGCGACAGAAAGUUCCACGAGGAGGAGCAGUUCCUGCAGGAAAGGGAGGAACAGCUGCGCCGCCAGGAGCGCGACAGACAGUUCCGCGAGGAGCAGCAGCUCCUGCAGGAAAGGGAAGAACAGCUGCGCCGCCCGGAGCGCGACAGAAAGUUCCGAGAGGAAGAACAACUCCUGCAAGAAAGGGAGGAACAGCUGCGCCGCAGGGAACGUGAGCAACAGCUUCGCCAGGAGCGCGACAGGAAGUUCCGCGAGGAGGAGCAGCUCCUGCAGGAAAGGGAGGAACAGCUGCGCCGCCAGGAGCGCGACAGAACGUUCCACGAGGAGGAGCAGUUCCUGCAGGAAAGGGAGGAACAGCUGCGCCGCCAGGAGCGCGACAGAAAGUUCCGCGAGGAGGAGCAGUUCCUGCAGGAAAGGGAGAAACAGCUGCGCCGCCAGGAGCGCGACAGACAGUUCCGCGAGGAGGAGCAGCUCCUGCAGGAAAGGGAAGAACAGCUGCGCCGCCUGGAGCGCGACAGAAAGUUCCGCGAGGAGGAGCAGCUCCUGCAGGAAAGGGAAGAACAGCUGCGCCGCCUGGAGCGCGACAGACAGUUCCGCGAGGAGGAGCAGCUCCUGCAGGAAAGGGAAGAACAGCUGCGCCGCCAGGAGCGCGACAGACAGUUCCGCGAGGAGGAGCAGCUCCUGCAGGAAAGGGAAGAACAGCUGCGCCGUAGGGAACGUGAGCAACAGCUUCGCCAGGAGCGCGACAGGAAGUUCCGCGAGGAGGAGCAGCUCCUGCAGGAAAGGGAAGAACAGCUGCGCCGCCAGGAGCGCGACAGAAAGUUCCGCGCGGAGGAGCAGCUCCUGCAGGAAAGGGAAGAACAGCUGCGCCGCCAGGAGAGUGACAGGAAGCUCCGCGAGGAGCAACAGCAGCUUCGCCGGAGGGAACGUGAGCAACAGCUUCGCCAGCAGCGCGACAGAAAGUUCCGCGAGGAGGUGCAGCUCCUGCAGGAAAGGGAAGAACAGCUGCGUCGCCAGCAGGAGGAGGAGCAGAGGCGGCGCGGUGUCUGGGAGGAAGGAGACAAGGGCAGUCAGCAGGCUCUGGAGCCGAGCAAGCGUCAGUUUGCCAGUGUCCCGGUGCGCUCCAGCCCUCUGUACGAGUACAUCCAAGAGCAGAGAUCUCAGUACCGCCCAUAAGAGAUGCUGCCAAUACCCGGACACCUGCCAAAGCUUCCAGCAAAGGAAAACGAGAAACACUGGAUACCAAAUGACUCAAAUGUUUCUGGUUGUGGGAGAACUCUCUGAUGUUCUAAAAUCUUUUUUUUCCAAAACCUUAAACUACACUCAUUUCAUGUACCUUGUACUCUUGCCUUUUAUUCUUCCUGAAAUAAUUCUUUACUGCAGGGUGUCUUUGCUCUUUGGUGCAGAUGUGGUGUGCAUUUUUUAAAAAUAUAAAUCAUUUAAUUUGUUUAAGGAGUUUUGUUUGGGGAACAUUAAUUUAUUGCUUUCAAAAGUAACAAGAAUAAUAUGAUUUAAGAUUCAAAAGAACUGGGUCUGUUUUUUUAAUGGUUGAUCCAUCUUUUGGAGAGUUCAAAUAUUUUUAAUGUUCCAGUUGGCAUUUCUUCUUGAGCCUAAAGUACAUUAAUAUUUGCCUCCAAAUAGACUCGCUUUUGUGGCGUAAUUAGCACAGAUUCUGCAAGGGGACUGAAUUUUUACAGCCCUUGAAUAGCACAGGGGGAAUGACUUCUACAGAAAAAUUCCCUCUGAAAUCAGUCCCUAACAGAAAGAAGUAUCUUUAUUUAGCUUCAAGACUUAGAAUUUGAAUUAGAUUUUUUUUCACACUUCAUAAGCACUUAAAAUCUCAUGAAGCAAAAGCAAGAUGUUUCUCAAACAACUCCAGAGUUCAAAUUUUAAAACAGUCUACUGUAGUCUGUAGUGCUCAGUUCUUUUCCCCCAGUCUUUGAUGAGUUUGAGACUAUUACUACCUUUGUUCAUUUUAACUGAGAGGAAACCUGCUCAGUAUCCUGUAAACAUCUAUUUAGCUCUAGAGCCAAUAAGAGAUCACAGCAUUUUGGGGGAGGCAAAGGGAAAAUUUGUGAACAGAAGGGCAAAUUCCUAGAGGCCCUUAGGUGAGACUCAUCAGCCCACAAUCCUUUGAGGCCUAUUGAUACUACUUUGGAGACAUUCUUGUUGAAAUGAUUGGACUGUGUAAAAAAUAAUAAAUGUUUGGCAAACAA